CGGGCUCCUGGUAUUUAUACCAAAGGCGCCCUGGGACUCGGUCCCAGAGGAAAGGAGCUCUCGCCUCUGCGCUUUUCCCCCAGGUCCCCCUGACCACCAGCCACCGGCCCCACCAUGUGCGAGGAGGAGACCACCGCCCUGGUCUGCGACAACGGCUCCGGCCUCUGCAAAGCCGGCUUUGCCGGUGACGAUGCCCCCCGCGCCGUCUUCCCCUCCAUCGUGGGGCGGCCCCGGCACCAGGGUGUCAUGGUAGGCAUGGGGCAGAAAGACAGCUACGUGGGCGACGAGGCGCAGAGCAAGAGGGGCAUCCUCACGCUCAAGUACCCCAUCGAGCACGGCAUCAUCACCAACUGGGAUGACAUGGAGAAGAUCUGGCACCACUCCUUCUACAACGAGCUGCGCGUGGCCCCCGAGGAGCACCCCACGCUGCUCACCGAGGCGCCCCUCAACCCCAAGGCCAACCGGGAGAAGAUGACCCAGAUCAUGUUUGAAACCUUCAACGUCCCCGCCAUGUACGUCGCCAUCCAAGCCGUCCUCUCCCUCUACGCCUCUGGUCGCACCACAGGCAUCGUCCUCGACUCCGGGGACGGUGUCACCCACAACGUGCCCAUCUACGAGGGCUACGCUCUGCCCCACGCCAUCAUGCGUCUUGACUUGGCCGGCCGCGACCUCACUGACUACCUCAUGAAGAUCCUCACCGAGAGGGGCUACUCCUUCGUCACCACCGCCGAGCGGGAAAUCGUGCGCGAUAUCAAGGAGAAGCUCUGCUACGUGGCCCUCGACUUCGAGAACGAGAUGGCCACAGCUGCCUCCUCCUCCUCGCUGGAGAAGAGCUACGAGCUCCCCGACGGGCAGGUCAUCACCAUCGGGAACGAGCGGUUCCGCUGCCCCGAGACCCUCUUCCAACCUUCCUUCAUCGGCAUGGAAUCAGCUGGCAUCCAUGAGACGACCUACAACUCCAUCAUGAAGUGUGACAUCGACAUUCGCAAGGACCUGUACGCCAACAACGUGUUGUCCGGUGGCACCACCAUGUACCCCGGCAUCGCUGACCGCAUGCAGAAGGAAAUCACGGCGCUGGCUCCCAGCACCAUGAAGAUCAAAAUCAUCGCCCCGCCGGAGCGCAAGUACUCGGUGUGGAUCGGCGGCUCCAUCCUGGCGUCCCUCUCCACCUUCCAGCAGAUGUGGAUCAGCAAACCCGAGUACGACGAGGCCGGACCCUCCAUCGUCCACCGAAAAUGCUUCUAAGCCCCCUCCCCGCCCCACGGCGGCCCCCCCACCCCGGCCCGGGUGCUGCGCUCCUCCUCGGUCCCCGCUGCUCCUCCCUGCCACCCACUGCGCAUUAAAGCCUUUUCUCCAGGCUCGGCCCCUUUUCUGGGA